UACGGCAUUGCCACUCGGCUUUACGGCACCACCGGCGCUGCAGAAAACCGUGUGGAAGGUGGAAGUAAAAUUAGCUUAUAUGGCUAGAUUUAGUGACACUUAUUUGUUAAACUAGCAUUAGUGGUUUUAUUUAUGUAGAUUGUGGAUGUUACAUGUACGCACCUGAAGGCUUGGAGUCUACCACGUGUUCUGGCAGUAAGGUGAUUGAUAUUUAUCUCCGCCGGGCAUUACAUGUCAAGUUAGCUAACGACAGUCCCUCCUCAUCGUGUAGCCUCUCCACCGUGGCAGGAUCUUUCUUUACACACAUUCUGCCAAUUCUCUUACAAUCAUGCCUAUUCAGCUGACUAGUCAGGCUUACUGUAAAAUGGUUUUACAUGCUGCCAAGUAUCCAAACUGCGCCGUGAACGGGCUGCUGGUGGCAGAAAAGACGAAGGAGAAGAAGAAAGAGCCCCACAGUGGACCAGUCAUAUGUGUGGACUGUGUGCCCCUCUUUCAUGGCACUCUUGCUCUGGCACCAAUGCUAGAAGUAGCUUUGACACUGAUCGAUACUUGGUGUAAAGAAAAUAAAUAUGUCAUCGCUGCAUAUUACCAAGCCAAUGAACGCACAAAGGAUUCAAGACCCAACCAAGUCGCAGAAAAAGUGGCUGCCAGGAUUUCUGAGAAUUUCAGUGAGGCAGCAAUUGUCAUGGUGGACAACAGUAGAUUAACAAUAAGCUGUUUUGAGCCCAUUGUCUUUAUCUAUGAUCACCAUGAAAACAAGUGGAAAUGCAGAGACGUAACCUCUGACUGUUUCGAGGACUGGAGCGAAGCCCAGAAGAUCACAUCAGCUCUGUUGGAGGGCAGGUCCUAUGAGAACUUGAUUGACUUUGACAAUCACUUGGAUGAUCUGAGGAAUGACUGGACCAACCCUGUGAUCAACAAGUCUGUCCUGGAUCUGUGCUAAAGCCCUCAGUCAGGAGUACCUUAGACAAAUACACACAACCACACAAAUAUUGCUGCCAUUUCAGCAUGCAUGAUGCUACUAUCGUGUAGCUCAGGAGUACAAUAACACAGAGUUUUUGCUCCAUCCAAAGGUUCCCGCACAGCGGAGGACUUGUGGAGCAUUGACCAGUUAGGCCAACAUCUCUAAAGGGCAAGCAAGAGCCAUGUGAGCGCUGGUGGUAUGUGUCCACCUUUACAAGGUGAUGGAACGCACUCAUGUUUCAAUGCAACUUAGAUGUUUGUUUUUUUCUGCAAUGGUUCGUGUUAAUUCAUAGUUGUGUGCAUAAAGUUUAAUUCUAGAAUUUCUGAUCUAUUUUUCCUGUUAAAUUUUAUAGCUACUAGCCAUACAGAGAUCAAGUUCUAAAUUCUGAAACGUUUAAGGAGACGAUUGUACUGCUGAUAUAUGAUAGAGAUACAUGUUCUUUUAAUAUUCUACUCGUACUUUAAAACAAAAUUGACAAGCAGAACUGUGGUCUGAAGAUUGUUGGGGGCAUUUUGGUUAAAAACACUACUUAAAGAACAUAGAUAAGAAUAUUUAAGGUUUCUUCCCAAUCGGGCUGUGUAACAUGUCAACCUGAGUCCAUUAGAUGGCAUGUGGAUGAUUGAAUGAAGAGCUUUGACUUUGAUAGGAUUCAUGCCUACACAAUCAUUUCUGUGAUGCAUGGUGUUGUAAUUGGUGCGUUUAAGAAAGCCAUCGUCGAGCAUAUUCAGUUUGGCAUACUGGAUUUUGAUUGUUGCUCCAGAAUAUUUGUUCAGAAGUAAACCGCACUGAAUCAGAUCACAGGGAUGUGUGCAUUUUGUUUUAGGGGUAAGUCAGUUGUAUUUAUGUAAACUUAUAUGACCUCUCAAAAGUUUACUCUUGAAUAAGUUAUGUAAAAUUAAAUCCCUAUUGUGAAGAUACAGAACUACCUUUUUACUUGAGAUUAGAAUUUAGUCAACAAGAGCUAAUUAAUAAUUGUGUGGCAUCCUAUUUUUUACAGAAAUUUUAUGAACUGAAUGUACAAUAAACUUUUUAAAAUACAAAAA